AUGCCAUUAGAAAUAGUUCUUCAUCUUCCAAUUCAAGAAGAUUAUGCUAUUGGAAAUCUUAGUGUUCAAAUAGGUGAUUAAAUAAUAGAGGGUAAAAUUUUAAGGAAAAAAUAAGCUAGGCAAUAGUAUGAUGAUGCCAUUGCAUAAGGAAAAACAGCAGUUUUGGCUGAAGAAAAUGAAAUGAAAUAAGAUUCAAUUUAACUUCUGAUUGGAAACUUGCUACCUAAAUAAAGCGCUACUCUUAACUUUUAGUUUUAUAAUGUACUUGAGAUAGAAGGGGGAGCUUACUGCUUCAAGAUGCCUGUUUAUUACUUUCCAAAAUAUGAAUGCGAAAAAUACGCUUAUGACUAUCAUUUUUAGAUUGAAAUUUUCUCUGACAUCCCAAUUAAUUACGUAAGCUAUCCAACUCAUGGUGAGGUGAUUAAAAUGACUAAUGAUUCUGAGCUUUUUCUUAUUAAAAUUGUGAAAGAAGGAAAGAGUGUAUUAUGUCUAGAAAAGAAUUUAAUAAUUUAUUACAGAACUCAAUAAAUUGAACAUGUUUCAUUAUACUGCUAAGAAUCAAAUGCUUAUCCUAAUUAGAUUGCUUUGAUGAUUUCUAUGAUUCCUCAAAUGAUAGAAUAAAUAGCUAAUGAAGAGGAUUUAGUUUUGCUAGAGAAUGAUAUUCCAUAACCCCAAGAUAUUCAGUUUGAACCUCUCGGAGAUGAAAUAUAUAUUUUUCUUGUGGAUAGAAGUAUAACAAUGGAGGGGGAAAAGAUUCAACUUUCAAAACAAGCUCUAAUAAUUUUCUUAAAAUCCUUGCCUUUAAAUUCUUCUUUUGAAAUUAUAAGUUUUGGAGAAUUAUGUGAAAGCAUUUCUAAUUAUGAGGGUUUACUCAAUGAUAGCACAAACUUGAAUUAUGCUGUUGAUAAAGUUAAUAAAUUCAAAGCUAAUAUCCUAGGUAAAAAUCUAAUUAAUCCUCUUCAAAAGGCAAUUGAAGGUCUAAUAACAACUAAAAACAAGAAGAUAUUUUUGCUUACAGAUGGUAAAGACAAUAGGAGAUAAUAAAUUAUCUGA